UAAUUGCCCGUGGAAGUUGGCUCAUCAUUCCAUCUGGUAUCACAAAACUAUCCUCCCUUGUGAUUAGGCAAGUUCUUUUCAGGUCGUAAAAAUCUCUCUUAUUUACUUAACGAACUAUGUCGAGGGCGCAGUUCUUGAGGGAAUACAAGCUGGUAGUUGUCGGUGGCGGUGGUGUCGGUAAAUCUGCCCUCACUAUCCAAUUCAUUCAAAGUCACUUCGUCGACGAAUACGACCCAACAAUCGAGGACUCGUACCGCAAGCAAUGCGUUAUUGACGAAGAGGUCGCGUUGCUCGACGUCCUCGACACCGCUGGUCAGGAGGAAUAUGGAGCUAUGCGCGAGCAAUACAUGCGCACUGGUGAAGGCUUCCUCCUCGUCUACUCUAUCACCUCCCGUGAUUCUUUCGAGGAAAUUAGCACUUUCCAUCAACAGAUACUUCGUGUGAAAGACCAGGAUUCGUUCCCUGUCAUCGUUGUGGCUAACAAGUGCGAUCUUGAGUAUGAGCGACAAGUUGGAAUGAAUGAGGGCCGUGACCUUGCAAAGCACUUUGGAUGCAAGUUCAUCGAGACAUCGGCUAAGCAGCGCAUCAACGUCGACGAGGCAUUCAGCAACCUCGUCCGCGAGAUAAGAAAGUACAACAAGGAGCAACAAACAGGCAGACCUGUCAUGGCCAACUCCGGUGGCGGCGGACCUGGCGUCUACAGUGGCAAAGACGCCAAUGAAGGCGAUCAUGGCGGAUGCUGCAGUGGUUGUGUGGUCGUAUGAGAGCAUCCAUAUACCUACCCUUCCUUUCUUUCCGGACACACUUUUCUAUUCCUCGCGCUCCCUGCUGGAUGACUCAUGGGCUUCUUGUCGAACUUUGUAUGAUCUU